AUGGCCGACAAGAACCAUCCCAACAUUGUGAAGCUGCUUGGCUUUGCGAUCGGAGGAGACUUGAGGACACAACCAGAGCAAAUUCUCAUCUAUGAAUAUGUGCCCAACGGCGAUCUUCACAAAUGGAUCGGUCUAAAGGCAGAGCGGCCUCUGACUUUGAAGCAGCGGCUGGACAUUCUCAUCGGCAUGGCACGGGGCUUGGAGUAUCUCCAUGGCUUUGGCAUUGUGCAUCGCGACAUCAAGCCUGCCAACGUCCUCAUCACCGAUAACAUGCAGGCAAGCUUGGCGAAGAUUGCAGACUUUGGGCUGGUGAGGAUGGGGGAGGGCACGACUGUGGGCACAACGCGCAUCAUGGGCACACCGGGCUAUGUGGAUCCGGUCUACUCCAUCACCUCCAAGGCCACCGCUGCCAGCGAUGUCUACAGCUUUGGAGUGCUCAUGCUGGUGGUCCUCACGGGACAGGCGCCACUCUUGGAGACUGAUGGAACGAGUCAGCAGAUCACUCCUUGGGCAUCUGAGUGCCUGUCCUCGGGAAACUUGGGGAGCCUCAAGGACCCCACCUUGGACGCCCCUGCAGAUGCCGUGCUGCGUGUGGCUCAGCUCGCCCUCUCCUGCACCGUGGAGCGCACUGCAGCCCGCUCAAGCAUGGCACACGUCGCCAACGAGGUGCAGGCCAUCCGGGAGGAGGUGGUGGGGAAAGAGGAGCUGAGUGCGGCUGUGAAGGUGGAUGCGGAGGUGCAGGAGAUGAAGGAUGUUGUCGGCGUGAACAGCCUUGACACCGAACUUCGGAUGAUUGAAGACAACUUGGGUGAAAGUUACAAUAAGUUAUAG